AUGAUAGCUCUUGCUUUAAUUUGCUUUCUGCAACAUUUAAAACCGUCUGUGGCGUCCGUGAUAGCUGCAACACCAGUUAUCGAGAAAGUGUUACAAGGUUUUAAAAAGGAAGAAUUGCUCAGUGAUAACUUUUUAUUAAGACAAUUAUUUCAAGUGUUGUGUACUGAAAAAGAAAUAGGCUAUCAAAUAUGUGGUCAUCGUUUUUUUUUUGCACUCGGUGGGAGUGAUCCAGAUGAACUAGAACAUGAAUUUUCACCUGUGAUAAGAGCUUGUUGCCCACUAUCCCACCAGCACGUGCAGAAAGAAUGGAGUCCAUAUCAGCCAAGUAGUAUUGACUGA